AUGGGGCUACAAGGAUACAAGCAUAGCUGGAAAGAAAAUCGAAGACAUGCUAACAGCAAUGAGGAUCCUGCUAGCUUAAAUGCUCUAUCAAAAUCCAAUCCUUUACAAACAGGCCUUUCACAGGGUGUCACAAGCUGCACUCUUUUCAAUGUCUUCAUCAAUUACGUAGCCGAAUUGGUACAAACAGUCACGGGCAUCAAGUACUUACUUUAUGCAGAUGAUCAUGUUCCAUGGAAUUCCGCCCCUAAGAAAAACGCUAAGGAGAGGACAGAUAGUGCCAUAAUUGGUGUGGAAUGGUUAUCAACACCACGAAAACUGCAUUCCAAACCUAUUCUUUGGCCCGACAGCAUAAACCCACUUCUAAGGUACAAGGAUACUACCCUAGGAUACUACCCUAGGAAAAACCAAUGA